AUGUUUGAUUGGCCUACCCUGAAGACCGACGUGAAAAACUUCGUCACUGCCUGCCUGCAUUGUAUGGUGGUCGAUGGUGAGUCGGUACCCCGUCCCUGGGGUGAAGCGCUGCAUGCCACGAAGCCAAAUGAGUUGAUUCAUUUCGAUUGGCUGUCGCUCCCGGAGGCUCCGGGAGGCCUGAAAUACGUCCUGGUCAUCAAGGAUGACAUGAGCGGGUUCGUUCGGUUACAUGCCAGUACGACAGCGUCUGCAGCAGAGACGGCCGCGGCGUUGAUGGAAUGUCGAUCGUUACCUCCCUUGACUGGACUGGUCCACCCGGACGAGUCCCGGGAGGUAACGAUCGACUGGAUUAAGUCCCGGGCGAUACGCCAAGUGACAGAGCUCGCAGAUGCCCUGGGAAUUAUGCACAAGCACGUGGCGGAGACGGCGGCAGCAAAGCGCGCUAAGGCCCGGUACCGUCGUGAUGGACAACGUUCCGUGAAGCUGGUGAAAUUUACGCUGGGCGAUUUUGUUUUGGUGGCCUGGACUCUCCAGCAUCCGGGAAAGCUAACGUUGCGUUGGAAGGGACCUUUCCGGGUCGUGAAGGUGGUCUCCGACUACCUGAUGGAAGUCCAGCAGCUGGUGCCUCCGGGAGCGACGUCCCUGCACCAUGCGUGCCGGCUCCGCUUGUACUGCGAGAGCGGACGUGAAGUCAAUGAAGAUUUGAAGACCCAAAUCGCGUUCGGCGAUGAAGGUUUUUACGUGGAAGACCUCCGGGACCUGCGUCUGCGAGAUGGGGUCUGGGAAGUCCUGAUCAAGUGGCUUGGCCUGGACAAUCUGGAGUCAUCCUGGGAACCGGCCCUAUCGAUCUACGAAGACGUUCCUGUGCUAUUCCGUCGCUGGGCCAAGGCCCGGAGCAACGAAGACGGCGUGAGCGAAAUGAUCGACGAUCUCACGAGCGUGACAUUGUAG